UCCAACCUGUAUAUGUUUUUAUAUUUUUUCCUACUAUUUCAAUGUCCUUUGCUUGCUCCAAUCCAACACUCGAGUGUCAUUUACAUUUGUCAUCAUCACUUCACUACCACCCCUUCCUUCUAUUCCAGUCCUCACCCAGACGAAACCGCUUAGAUCUGAAUCCACAGACUUCCAAAACCCUAGCCCCAAUUGCGAACUCGGUUCUAGCAAUAGCGUGAAUGGCAGCAGUGGAUGCUCAAAAUCCUCUUCUUGGAGAUACUACUUGUGGUUCUCUACUGCAGCAAUUGCAGCGAAUUUGGGAUGAGGUUGGUGAAAGUGACGAAGAACGGGACAAGAUGCUUCUUCAGUUAGAGCUGGAGUGUUUGGAUGUGUACAAGAGGAAGGUGGAUCAGGCUGCAAAGUCAAGGGCACGACUUCUUAAGGGCUUGGCAGAUGCCAACGUUGAACUCUCGAGUCUUCUAUCUGCUCUCGGAGAGAAAAGUUUCGUUGGAAUUCCUGAGAAGAGUACAGGAACGAUCAAUGAACAACUUACUGCUAUUGCACCAGUUCUAGAACAGCUAUCCCUGAAGAAGCUGGAUGAGUUUCAGUCUCGGCUCCAAGGUGGGGAGUGGGGCAUUACAAAAUGGUAUCAAAGCGUAGGGAUUAGGUCUUACAUGGGAUCUGUUGGGUGGUGA